ACGCGCAUGCGCCUUGUUUGACACUGCCAGGGAGCUGAGAGGCGAGCGCUCCACGCCUCUUUCCCGGGGACUCUGCCCGUGCUGCUUCUGCUUCUGCUGCUGCUGGCGGCUCCCGAUCCCGGCUGAAAGGUGACCUGGACAUGGUGCUCAGGGCAGGGUGAGUGGCUCCCCCCUUCCUUCCCAAUAUAGACCCUGGAACUGGAUGCACCCGAAGAUCCGGACUAUUGGCAGACUCUGAUGCAUGCUCGGCUGCUCCGUACAGCCCUAUAGAGUGAUCCAGCCUGUGCAUGCUGCCCCCUAUGUCCACAGGCUUAUAUCUGGAGGCAGGCACCUGUCCUGGGCGCUGACAUGUGUGUCUAUAGUGCACAGGAGAUUCUACACUGACUGAUACAUUGUAUCAUCACACCUACCUGUACUUACCUGCUCUACAUUGUACCUACCUCUACAGUAUUACAUACUGACUGUUACUCCAUGACACAUCACAUCUAGUCACUGCCAUUGUUUACGUCCCUAUGCACAUUGCUGCGCGCUGACGGACCCUCCUGUCAGGCUCGCCUCUCUGUUGACCGGUAGGGUCUCGGUAGCACUUCCAAAAGGACAAUGUCGAUGCUUGCGCUGUUGAGCCGGACUGUUCUGCGUCCCGCCUUCCCCCCCAACAAGGCGUGGAGCUGGCUGGGGACGAGCGGCAGGAAGAAUCCGGGGACCUCCGUCUUGCAAAGCUGCCGGCCGUUGGGCACGCACCCCAGGAAGGAGCCCAUGGAGUCGCUGAACACGGCGCAAGGAGCCAGGGACUUCAUCUACAGCCUGCACUCCACCGAGCGGAGCUGCCUGCUGAGGGAACUGCACAGAUUUGAGUCUAUCGCUAUUGCACAAGCCUCUCGAUACCCUAAAACCCCGCCGUAUACAGUGCAGGCGCCUGAUGUUCAGGUGGUGGCAGCAGAAGACGGACCUGAACAACUAGAAGCCGCCCCACCUUCCUCCAAACAGCUGAAACACGUCUUCGUCCACAAUGCACUACCGUUUAUUGGGUUCGGCUUCUUGGAUAACGCUAUUAUGAUUGCUGCGGGAACACAGAUAGAAUUCCAUAUUGGAGCCCUUUUAGGGAUAUCCACCAUGGCAGCUGCUGCUCUAGGAAACCUGGUGUCAGAUAUUGCUGGACUUGGGUUGGCGGGUUACGUUGAAGCAAUAUCGUCACGGUUGGGUGUGCCGAUUCCAGAUUUAACGCCCAAACAAGCAGAUAUGCGGCAGACACGUGUUAGUGCACAUAUGGGAAAAGCAAUAGGGGUCGCUAUUGGCUGCAUUUUGGGAAUGUUCCCCCUCCUAUUUUUCAACUGGGAUGAAGAAGAGAAAUCAGAAAAAAAGAAAAAGUGAGAUUUUCUACCCCCUAAAACUCGUGCCUCGGCCAAGUAUGCAGUCUCCAUCUUUACAGUCGUCAGAAUAAGAUACUUAGAGGAUCCGGGAACAGUACAAUAUUCAGCAUGACCCAACCCCACCCAUUCCUUCUCGGAACAACCAUUGGACUUGUCUACAACGCACAAUAAUGAUUCAUUAUUUUACUUCCUUCUGGAGAACCUCUGAUUUGGAAUAAAUUGGAACUUUUCCUU